GCGAAAAACUGCGGGCCAGCUGUCACGGCGCGCGAAAGAUCAAAAUUUUUGUUCUAUUCGUUUGUAUGGAACAGGCGGGAGGAAGAGGAACAGCCCGGCCACAGCGCUCUCUAAAUGCGCGUUAAACGUAUAAACUAGUGGUUUUCAUUUAUCUACCGACGUCUGCCGUGGCCGCCGAGCGUCAUUGAGUCGUUGUCUCCGCCGGCUUCUUUUCUUUUUUUAUAAAAGAGCGUGAAUCUAUCGGACGGACAAAGAUGAGCCUCGUCCUUUCUCAACAACAGGCUGAGGGGCUUCCAGCUGUGGCCCGAACAGCAGCAGAGAGCGACUCAGACAGCGGGGUGGGCUCUCCAGCAGAGGAGGUGGUCUCGCAGGCGACCAACAAAAGAGAGAAGCUUCCAGACUCCGAUGACGACGAAGACAUCACAGCUCACAGAAAGCCCCGUCGUAAUGCCAUUAGAGACAGUGACAGCGAGGAGGAGGCGGCUGCAGAGAACAGCGUCAACAUGGCCGAAGCGCUGGUCUUGUCUGCUUCCAGCGGAGAGGAGAUGGAGACGGGUGAGGCCGAAGAGAAGGACGUUGGGAGAGAGGGGGGGGCGCAGAAGAGCAGGAGAAUAAGCAGAGCACCGAUUGAGAGUGAAGACAGCGAGCCCGAGAAAUCGGCAUGUGGAGAAACGGAGGAGCAACAGGAUGAGGCGAAGAAGGGAGCGAAAUCAAAGGAGCGGAAGAAGAGAGAGAACAGCCAGAGGCAUCGGGAGAAAAAGGAGAAACGCAGCAAAGCGGUGGAAAAACUGAAAAAGAAAGGGAGGUUCUCCGAAAUGAACGAGGACACACCUCUCCCUCGGGCUCUGAAUGACAGUGGAUGUCCGCUGGGCGACACAGACCUGUUUGACACUGGUCUGGAGGAGGAGGAGGAAGAGUCUCUCGAUGCCAUUAGAGCUGCAGUGAAACACAAGAUGAAAAAACAUAAGGAACCUCUCCUGAAUGAUGAUGAAGAAGACGACGAAGAGGCACAGGAGAAACCUCAGCGUGUGGAGAGGAAAGCUGCACGUGCCAGCAAAGACGCGAUGAAACAACUCCACAGCGAGUCUCAGAGACUGGUCAGAGAGUCCACACCUGGCCUGCCCUACCACAUCCCUGAGCCCAAGACCAUCGACCAGUUUUUCAAGAGGAAAGCCAGGCCAGAGGGUCCCGCCAUGGCAUUAUUAAAAUCUACAAAAUAUUCAGCAAUGAGGUUGGAGACUCCACCCGCGCCUCCUCCACCCCCUGUAAACCCAUUCGUCAAUCCCCAACAGCAGUCCGCCGAGCAGGACUCUUCUUCUCCGUCUCAGGCUCUCUCGUGCACUCAGAUCCAGCCCUUGCCUCAUCCCGCCGCCACCUCGUCCCCACAGCAGGAGAGCCAUAACCAGGCCAGAGAAGCAGCUGCCAGCCUAGAUUCCAACCAGGAAUGUGGCCCGAUGCUUUACCUCUCUGAGAGUCUGCAGGAGUCGGUCACAACAGAUGGAGCAGUGAAUUCUGUUUCUGACUCCGGGGAAGAAACCUCUGCAGUUCCCCCAGGACCAAGUCACACUGCAGUAAAGUCCGACUCUGAAUCGUUGCAAUUACAACCUGUGUCUGGGACUUCUGCGGAGCCUGUGGCUGCUCAGUGUGGGAGCACUGAUUCAGCUGCAGCAGACUCUUUAGUGCAGCAACCUACCAAGCCCAAGAAGGACAAAUUGGCCAGACUGAAACAGCUCGGACUGGACCCCCCACCCAUUGCUAAACUGUGUCCGGAUGAUGGAGCCUUUGUUCAGCUCGAGCCUCCACAGCUCAACCCCGGCGUGGUGGCCCUGAAGGAGCGCUAUCUUCGUCAUGUCCAGCCCCCCGCAAGGCCCCAUGGAGAGCGCACGAUGCAACUCAACAUCAUCCGCAAAGAUAACACCCCAUCCGGCCAGGAAGAGUUGCGCACGGAGUCGGUCACGGUCACUGUUAAGGAGGGGGCAGAUGAGCCUGUGCCCAGCAAACCCGGAGAGAAACUGCUGACUCUGAAGCAGCGUCUGCAGCUUGCCAUGGCCCAACGGAGAAAGGAGGAGAGGGCACGCAAGGCCGAGCUGAAUCGCUUAGACAACGAAGACUGUGGAGAGGAAGAAGAGGAGGAGGAAGACCUGACGGAUGACUCAGAAGAAGAAGAGGGCAUAGAUGACUUACUGGGAGGUGAUGAUGGGGAGGAGGAGGGAGGCAGCAGAACUCAGAGUAUCAGGAGCACAUCUCCCGUGGCACUGACUGGACCCUCGCUGACUCCUGACCUCGUGAACACAGACGGCACACUCAUGCUAUUCCCUGGGAACUCCUGUUCUCGCACUGGUGAUGGUGUCAGACGGUCUGGUCCUUCUGGACAGGACAGCAGCAAUAAGAUGGAAGAGGACGACUCUCUGUCCCUGGUUAAGGACAACAGCCACAACAGCAGCUUUGAGCUCGCCGGCUCCAUGAUCACCUCCUACCAGCCCGUUAGUCAUCAGCGCUCCACAGGAAGAGGCGUCUCUAACUACGCCAUGUUCCGCUCCCCUUCCCCCUCCCUCUUCAGGCCCAGCUUCCUCGGUUCUGCCUCCAAGAGUUCAGGCAAACUCUCUGAGCCCUCGCUCUGCCUCCCCGUUGAAGACUCCCAGGACCUUUACGCACCUCCAUCCCCAGGCGCCGACUCUGGGCCCCUGGGCGGAGCGGCCUCUGUCCCCGGAGACUCCCAAGGUCGCUUCUCCUUGGAGGACGACACUCACUCCCAGUUACUUGACGCAGACGGCUUCCUCAACGUGGGGCCGCGCCCUGGUGCGCCCCCUUCCCACAAGAGACAAUUGAUCCUGGACAGCUUGGAUGAGAAUGCGAUGGACGCCAACAUGGGGGAGCUGUUGGGGAUGUGCUCAGGUGUUUUUGGCACAGCGGAGUGCGACUCCAGCAGGGGCGGAGGCCUCGGAUCGACGGAAGAGGACGAGCUGCUCGGGUUGUGCUCCGGAGCGUUUCCAGCGACGCAGAAGGUAGAGGAGCCGAGGGAAGGAGAUGGGAGUAAAGAUGGCGGACAGGAUGAAGAGUGUGACAAUCCCAUGGAUCAGCUGCUGGGGCUGUGCUCAGGAAAAUUUCCAAGUUCAGGUUCGGCUUCACCAGCACCAGAAAGUAAAAAGGAGGAAGAGCAGGAGGAGGAAGAAGAUGAGGACUGCGAGUUCCGGCUUCUGUCAGAUGUAGAAAGUGAACAGGAGGACGAUGGCGGAGAGGAGAACGCGGAGCAUGAACCUAGCGAUGAGGAGGAGGAUGAGGGAGAUGCUGCCGUCGAAGAGGAAGAGAUGCAGGGUGUGUUUGCGUCCCACCGAGUCAAGAAAAAGAAGAAAAUGCGUUUGACCGACUACCUAGACUCGGAGGCUGAGCUGUCGGGCAGUGACAAGGACAGCGACGACGAGGACGGCGACAGAGGGAGCGAAUACGAGGAAGAGGAGCUCCUCGAGGAGCUUCCCUCGGACGAAGAGCUGCAGGACCAAGUCAACAAGAUCCACAUGAAGCAGAUAAUGGAUGACGACAAGCGUCGCCUGAGGCUCUACCAGGAGCGCUUCCUGGCUGAUGGCGACCUGCACACCGACGGCCCGGGACGAGCUCGUCGCUUCCGCUGGAAAAACAUUGACGACAACGGCUUCAACAUAGACCGGAUGGGGGCGGAGGAGGAGGAGGAGGAAGAUGAAGACAUCGACCAGAGUGAAGUCCAAAGGAGGAAAGAGAGACUGGAGAGAGAACAGUGGCUCAGGGAACAAUCUGAACAAAAGGCGGAGAAAGGGGAAGAGUUGGAUGCAGACGACGAAAGGAUCGGAGAGGAAGACAGUCAUUUUAUGAAGCUGGCCAAGAAAGUGACAGCGAAGACCCUGCAGAGAAAAGAUUCCUCUGUGGCACCACAACUGGAAAAGAAGCCCUCAGCUCUCAAUCCCUUCCAGAGACCCUCACAGUCUGUACAGGUGAGGAGGGGUUCGCUGCUCAGUCAGCCCCACUCCGUCCUCCAGAAACUGGCUUCCAUCUCGGAGGGGAAUCCCCUGGCGCCCCGAAACAGCCGCGGAUUCCUGUUUCAAACGCUCUCACCCGAGAAGGACAGCAAAACCUCAAACGCUCCACAGAAACAGGUGAUGGUGAAGAAGAGGGGGCAGGUGGAGGCGGCGAACCCGGCAGCGAAGAGGGUCUGCAGGGAGAACAAACCUGCGGGACAGACUAAAGGCGCCCAGAGGAGCAUCUUCAACUUCCUGGACCACUGAAUUUGAUGAUUAUCGGCCAGAACUUUUACGCGCCUAUUUCAGCAGGCAGUGAGACUCGAAAAAUGAAGGAUGCGGCGAGGAGUACGGCUGACUUCAGGCUCUGAAGGUGCACAAGGGUACAUGGUCAUGUGUGUGUUUACAUGUUUAUAUUGCCUUAAAACAGCAAACUAAAGAGCAGCAAUAAGGGAUCCUCUUAAAUCUUUUACUUGGUGAGCGUUUCUCUUACAUACACUGGUCUCAAUUUGAAAUCCGCUUCAGGACCGUUCACGUGUCACAAUCUCACUCGACCUCAUUUGGACUGCUUCGUGUUAUGUCCAUUCUAAAUGUUUUAUUGUGUAAAUAGGAUUGAUUUGUUGUUGUUUUUAACGGAAAGGGUUUUUUGUUUUUAUGUAUGAUGAUUUUUAAAUGUAUUAGUUUUACAGUGUAAAUAAAAGUGUAUUUUAAGA